GCUGACAAGUUGCGUUGGGGUGGAAAUGGGCAGGGAACAGGAGCUUGUACGCAUUCGGGCCGUGAAGUGUUGGUUCCGCGAAGGGGGUCAGAUUCUCACAGCCAACUGGAAUUUUUCCUGUGUUGUUACUUUCAACGAUAUAAUGUAAAACUGUUCAAUUUUAAUGUCACUCACGUGUCAGUGUCUUAAGAUUAUUUAUAUGGAGAUCGUGGAGCGCUAGAAGAUGCUGGGAGACGAUCCACCGUACCUAUCAGUGGGUACGGAGGUUAGUGCUAAAUACAAGGGUGCCUUUUGUGAAGCAAAAAUUCGGAAAGUAGUAAGAUCAGUGAAAUGCAGAGUGACUUAUAAACAAGGCUUGGGUACAGCAACAGUAGCUGAUGAUCAGAUAAAAGGGACUUUAAGAGUAGGUGCAUCUGUUGAAGCUAAACAUGGAGAUAGAAAAGAAUUUGUGGAAGCUACUAUCACUAAAAUUCAAGAUUGUAGUCAAUAUACUGUAGUUUUUGAUGAUGGAGAUAUUACUACAUUAAGAAGAACUGCACUUUGUUUGAAAAGUGGAAGACAUUUUGCAGAGAGUGAAACUUUGGACCAACUUCCUUUGACACAUCCAGAACAUUUUGGAAAUCCAGUAAUUGGAGGAAGAAGAGGACGGCGGUCUAGACAAGCACAAGAUGAAAGUAGUGAUGAUGAAGAUAGUCCUCCACGAGGAACUCGUGAUUCCGGUUCUAGUGGAACAGGCAAAGAAGGAAUGGAGACAGAACCUGAAAUUGGACGAGUUGUAUGUGUGGAACUUGGAGAUAAAAAGAAGAAAGAUAAUUGGUUCCCUGGAUUAGUGGUUGCUCCAACUGCUCAAGAUACAGUAAGAAUUCGAGUAAGAGAUGACUACCUUGUGCGAUCAUUUAAGGAUGCACGAUAUUAUACAGUUCCAAAGAAAGAGGCCACUGAAUUCACAAAAGAACUUGUCAACAAAGUUGAGAAUAGUACAUUGAAGGUUGCAGUAGAGAAGGCAUUGCUAUUUUUAGAAAAGAAUGAGUUACCUCCCCAUUGGGAUAGAGAUUCUCUUUUUGGACAUUCUGUAUCAAGCGGAAACAGUGACUCAGAUGGGGAACUUGAUUCUGAUAGUUCUGACGAUGAACCGCGCGAAGAAAAAGAUCACUUUGUGGCACAACUGUAUAAGUUUAUGGAUGACCGUGGUACACCUAUUAACAACUGUCCAAUGAUAGGUUCUGAGGACAUAGAUCUAUAUAGGUUAUUUCGAGCUGUCUAUAAGUUAGGCGGUUAUAAUCGUGUAACAAAUCAAAAUCAAUGGAAAUUAAUAACACGUCGCUUGAGCUUUACAAUGCAAAAUUCACCAUCGACGCACAAUUUGGUUAAACAGGCCUAUAAGAAAUUCUUACAUUCCUUUGAAGAUUUUUAUAGGAAGUUAGGUUGUACUAUGGUAAAUCAUCCAAGGGGUACUAUGCGUAAACAACGUCCUGGAAGAAGUCUGAUUAGGGAUAAAGACAGAAAUACGCCCGUACCACCUCAAGUGUCUAAUAUCAAAAAUGAAAAAGAGGAAGAAGAUAAAAAGAUCAUGGAAGAAGAAAAGAAAGAGAAAAAGGAGACAAAAAAAGAACAAUCAAUAAAAGAAGAAGAAAUUGUGAAGAUAAAGAAGAAAGAUGAAUUUGAAGAAAGCGGUAGCGGACAAGACAGUGACGUAAACGUUGAAGGUGAAGCUGAAUCUUCAUCUAGUAGUGAAAAAUCUCAAAAAAUAUCAACAUCCUUAUCCUUGCCAAACAGAGGCAAAUCUAAAAAUAAAGAAGACACAAAGAAAAAAGUAAUAGAAAAAAAGAAAACUGAACCUAAAAGACAAGAAAAGAAAGACGAUAAAAUGAAAGAAGAAGAUGCUGCUAAAACAAGAUCUAAAUCUAAAGAUGAUAAUGUAAAAAGUAAAAUGUCUUCUGAAAAUAGGGAAACACGAACUCCAUCGAGAGAAUCGGAAAGAAAAACUUUAUCUAAGCAAAGACGAUUGAUGGAUGAAGAUUUAAAGAAACGGGGGAGAAAACGAAAAGAGUAUGAGGCAGAAAAAUCACGUACAGACGAACAGUCAACAGAUUCAGCUCCUUGUUACAAAGGACCUGUAGAAUUAGGAGAUAGACUAAAAGUAUAUUAUGGACCUACUCAUGAAUCUAAAGUUACUUAUGAAGCAAAAGUUAUUGAUAUGGAAAAAGAUGGUACAGAACCAAUGUAUUUAGUGCAUUAUACUGGAUGGAAUACGAGAUAUGAUGAAUGGAUUAAACCAUCGAGGAUAGCACAGAAUUUUACACAAGCUCAAGGUAAAGUAAAACGAAUUAAAGUUACUUCACGACCUCAAACUCCCAGUACGAAUUUAUCAAAUAACAUCAAUAAGUCAUCAAAAAUUGUUUCUAACACUAAUUCAAAUGCAUCUCAAAAUAGACGUCGAGCGCAAAGUGUUGCACCUACUACAUCAGUUGUUUCAUCUACUACGACAAAAGAAAUCAAGAAAGAAGAUAAGGAAAAAGAAAUAUCUCAACCGACUAGAUCUACGACUCCAUUGUCUGUUAUAAGUUCUAGUUCUAGAACCAAAAGUCCAGCAACACCAGCAAACAAUCGUCAAACACGAACAAGAAAUAAUGAUACAUCUAGCACAGAACAUCGAAGGCGUACUAGGAGAACUUCUGGACAUGCGGAUAUAGUUCCAUCGGAAACUGAAGAAAGUGAAACAUAUGAUUCAGAUACUACAGAAUCUGAACAAACAAGAACGAAAUCUAAGAUUACAGAGGAAAGAAAACGUAGAGAAGCGAGAUACAGAGUUGAAGACAGAAUAAAACCUGACGAAACUAGCGAGGGUGAAGAAGACAAAGAUAAUUUAGAAGAACCACGUAGAGGUAGACGUUUAAGAAGAACAAUUAGUAAAUCGCAAGGUAUAAAAUCUGAACCAGAUAGCGAUGAAGAACAACCGAAAGGUCGAGAUUUUGACUUAAAUCAAAUACGAUCUGAAUUAAAAGGUUUUGAUAAAGCAGUGAAAUUGGAACUUGUUAGGGUUGAACCAGAUCCAGAGGAUGAAAUAAAAAUAGAAGAAAAAGAGAAUGUUGUUUCAGUAUCACCAAAAUUGGAAAAAAAAUUAGAGCCAUCAAAAUUAGAAACAAUGCCUGAAUCUAAAAUAGUAGAUAGUACAGAAGAUAUAUAUGAAUUUAAAGAACCAGAACCAUUUGAAUUUGAGGUACGAAAUAAACGAGAUACAAGUGGAGAAAAAGACAAGAUAAAAAAGAGGGUGUUUGAAGAAGAACCGAAAAGCCCUAAAAAGAAACAAAAAAUAGUUGUAUCACCAGUUAUAAAAGAAACUAAAUCAGAAAGCGACAACGAUUCACGAAAAAAAGUAAAGAAAUUAUUCAGUAAAAGGACUGAUGAUAUUACAGACAAUUUAUCUUCUCACAAAUCACUACAAUCUACAUCAUUAGCAACAUGUGAAGAAGCAUUCGAUAAGCUUUGUGAAUCACCUUCAUUUAAUUCGGCGAAACCAAUACCUAUUAUUGAGGAAACGAGUAAAAUAAAUAAUGGUAUAGAUCUUUUAUUUAGUGAUUUACCUGGAGAUGAUGAUGCUACUCAUGACGACUCAGAAGAUCGUUUAAUAAUAUCAGAGGCGGAAGUUUCAGAAGCAGAACAAGAAAACUUAUUUACAUAUCAGCAAGAAAUGUUUCCUUCUAAUGAUGGAAAUGAUUCAAUGGAAUCCAAUAAAGAAGACACAAGUUUACAAAUUGAAUCGGUAAGAGAGGAUAUAACAUUAACAGUUUCAAAUAAACCUGAUAUAGCUGUUGAACAGAAACAAAGCAUUAAAUCUCCUUUACAUUGUCAAUCUCCAGAAUUAAAACCAUUAGAUCCAAAGUUAUUAGACAUUACACCUGUUUCAUCUUCAAUUGUAACAAUUCCAGCACCAAUUAGUGCAAGAUUACCAGCUACAUCUACAAUCGAAGAAAAACUUUCAGCUGCAAUGGGUUUUCGUAAUAAAACUAAAGAUGUUAAAAAAGAAGAUGAAAUUCCAGAAGUUGUAUGGAAACCCUCAAAAGAAAUUUCUAAGAAGUUAGAUAUUGUAGUUGCACAAAAAAGUAAAGAAGAUCAGCAUGGGCCUAAGACUGAAAGUGAGAAUAAGAAACGAGAAGAGGAAGAGAUUGUAAUAAAUAAUGAAAACCAAUGUAAAGAAAUAAUGUGUGUAGUAAUUAAACAAAAAGAAGAAGAACUUCAACAAUUUAAACUUAAAAAAGAAGUAGAAAUAAAAAAAUUCGUUGAAACAAAAACAGAACAUAAAAAGAUACCUGAAACUGAAGAAGAAGAAUGGAAACAUAUAGAAAAUGAGAAGUCUAAGAAAACAGAAGAUGAAUUUAAAGAACACGAUUUUAAAGAAAAGGAAAAGGAAAAUCAUAAGAAGAUAAUCAGCCAAGAUAUGGUAGAUUCUGCAGAUAGUAGUGAUUCUGAACAGAGGUUAAUAAUCGAUAAUGAGGAAUCACAAGAUGUGAAAAGUUCGUCAAAUUUUGAUGUUAAAUUAAGAGCAGAGUUAGAUAGGCUUCAAGACACACAAGAAAGGUUCCCACUAUUACAAUCACAAAAAUCUACGCAACCAUUAAAACAUCAGCCACAAGAAUGUAUUGCUGAAUUUAAAACAGAGAUCAAAGAAACACCUGUCAUAAAAACAGAUGAAGAGGGAGAGGCAAUUAAUUCUUUGUUAUGUGAGGAAGAAAUACCAGGUUCACCAGCACCUAUUACUGAAAAUAUAGAACAAAUAAAUGCUGGUCCAUCCUGUUCACCUCCAAAAGUUGAAACUACAGAAAAUAGUAUAGUAUUAAUGGAAAUGCCAUUUGCAAGUGCUCCUACAUCUGGUCAGAGUACAACCAGCAGCACUGUUGCCACUCUGAGUAUGGCACUGCCAAAAACUGUAGAAACAUCUGUCCCAGUUUCUUUAUCUAUACAACAAAAUCCUACUCUGGGCAUGAGACAACAGCAGUCUCAUCAUCAACACUUACCUGCACUAAUGCCUGCACAGAGGAGAGAAAGCAAUGAAGCAGCACCUGUAAUGGAUAAUACACCUCCAACUACACCCGAUUCAAGCAUUUCCAAUAUCUCUGGAUCCCCAAGAGAAGAAAGGACAGGUGGUUCAUCACCAACUUCAGAGGAUAAUAUGAAACAUAAUCGUGAUAGUUCUGAAGCAGACAAUGACAGUGGUGGGAAAGGUCCAGGAUUCAGUGAAGAUGACACAUUGCCAAAUGUUGAAGGAAAUUCUGCAGAUAGAAUAUUAAAACCACCAGCAAAGCGAUCCAUUGAAGAAACACAAUCGCCUAAAAAACGUAAGAGGAGUAGGAAGCACUCAGAAUGUGAUAAAAAUACUACUAAAAAAGCGGGAAGACAUGGUAAUAGACAUGGUAGACAUGGUGGCGGAAGCGAUAGCGAUGACACAAGUGAAGGUUCUAAUUUAUGUGGAAUUAAUACAACUUCAACAAAUCACACGAAUAUCACUAGUGUUCCUGAUCUUAGUAAUUACUCAUCGAGAUCACCUCGACCGACGAAAUAUAAUUUUUAUGUGGAAUUAGAUCCUGAAUUGGAUGGCAGUCAAAGGAUAGCUGUACUACAGCAAAAAUUAGCUGAGUUACGUAAAACAUAUAAUGCUGUGAAAGUUGAACUUGCUGCUAUUGAAAGACGCAGAAAAAAAUUAAGAAGAAGAGAACGAGAAGCUAUAAAGGCAGCUAAAGCAGAAAUGCAACAGGCCUGUUCGUGAUGAGCUGCCUUGAAACAUCCUAAUUAUCUUAACCUGCGCUAAAGAAAUUUUUAUACAACACUGGGAGAUAAUAGGAUAGUAUCACUAUAUGGACACCCUGCAAUUAUAGCAGAUUUCAUGACAAUUUUUACCUACCUAAUAUCGUUUAGGUAAAUUUUCCCCCAUUAAUAUAAAUUGUAGAUAUAGAUAUAAGAUUUAGUAUAAAUGAGGAACACUUACCAGAAUGAAGAUAUAUAUUCAUAUAUGCUUUGUGUUGUACAUUUUUUUGUCAAGAACAUAACGUAACAGUUGAAAAUUUCUAUCCUCGAUUUGUCAUUUCACCUGCUCAGAUGCAAAGUACAAAUUAUCGAACUUGAUGAUCAUUUCAUCGUUCAUUCUUCUUUUUUAAGAAAAGGCUGAGAAAAAUGUUACCGAUAGUGUGUUAUUGUAAAGACAUCUUGGGAACAAAUAAUUGUCUAAGCCGUCUGUCAUUUUCGUUUCGAGUAUAGCUUAUAACACCGUUGGCGGUUGAGCUGUUUUCAAGACGAUAAAAUAAAGAUGUCAAGUGCAACAACCAUCACAUAUUUCCUAGAAUAGUAAAUUUUGUAUAUAUUAGAAGUAGUAAUGUUAUAGUAGUUCGCAAUAUACGUAUAUACGUAAAUAGAAUUUUAGCGUCUUUGCGAUCGAAAUUUUUUAUUUAAAAAAUAAAAGGAAAUGUUGCAAUGUGGUUCAUAAAGUAGUAAGAAGUUAAUCAUAUUCAAAGCAAUGUUCAUUUAUACGCAAACAACUUGUGAAAUGAACGGAUGAUUGUAUAUUGAUAUGCAUGUGAGAUAUAGCACAAUUUUUAACUUCCAAAAAAUGAAUUACUUUAAUUUAUGUAUAUAAUUUACGUAAAUAGAAUAUCAUAUUAUAAUUAUUCUAAAAUACGAAACAUUCAAGUUUAUUCGUAUUUCAUACCAAAUUUCUUGACAAAGUGCAUAGAAUUAGAUUUUCAACUAUGCAAUUGUCAUGAAUGCAGCUCAACGUUUAUCAAUUUACAGCCUUUUGCAUUAUAUUUGAAAAAUUGCUGCCAUUGUGCUUUAAUCAUCAGAUAGGUAUUAGACGUUCGUCGUCGUGUAUAUCGUAAUUGGUCAAAGAUGCAUUUAUAUUUCUAUUUGAGCGUCAAAGUACCUCAGGUACUAAAUUAAAAGGAAACAAAAAAAAUUAAACUUAAGAAACAAGUUGCAAAAAACAAAAUCAAAUACCCCUGAGUGGAAUUAAAUUUGUACGAAGACAUGUUGGCUGAUAAAAAGAAUGAAAUUUUAUAUAGAUAUAUAUUAUAUAUUUUUUAUAAAAAAAUCAGUCGUGGACAUGCUUUAUGGUAUCAGACAACAUGAUCAUACAUUGAUUGGGGGAAAAAUGAAAGAAAAUAAGGAGUUGGGCUCUAUAAAUCUUUGUACAUAUUUUACAUUGUGUGUGUUGAAAACACUCAUAAGUCAAGUUUUAGUAGUUUAUCGCACACAGAUAUAGCUACGCAUAUUAUUGUAUAAUGAUUUCAGAAAUCUUGCAGUAGCACAUACUAAAUGUUUGUUUUAAGAAGUCAAGAAAAUGUGUAUCGACACUCAAUCAAGUAAUACUUACAAUCAAUUAAUACCUACAAAAAUAUUUACAUUUCUUCAAAUUGUAUUAAAAGAAAGAAUAUUUUAUUUAAAAUAUUCUUUAUAUUUCGUUGUUUAUAUUAUUGUAUGAUUCCAGCAGAACUAUGUAAAAACAUUUUAUUUUGAAAGUAAUUUUCAUUAUUAUAAUUAACAAUGAAAAUAGUUUAAGGUAUUUAAAUAUAAAAGCAUUGUAAAACAUACGUAGAAAUAUAUAUACAUAUUGUACAAUUCAGUUUAAUAAACUACAGGAUAAUUGACAGCAGAAUUGUAAACAGUAAUAUUAAAACGUUAACAUCAAUAAUAUUGUUAUUUCUUUUAGUUGCAUACAGCUCUUGCAUAAAGCUCUGCUUAGAUAUUAUAUAUGUUUAGUAUGCAUAUGAUUUAAAAUAAAUAUUCAAAUUCUACUUCUGUUUUGCAAAAUAGUAAUAUUUCUAGAUAAAAUAUCUAGAAAUAUAGAAUAUACUAUUAGAUAAAUGGACCUCUAUUUAUUUGGAGGGUAAGUAAGAUAAUAAAUGCAUCCUAAACAGAUUUUAUAUAGGUGCACCCGUUAUUUUAUUAUGAUUUAUCAUUAUCUUUAUUACUAUUAUUUAUUAUUUGCAAUUUACAUUUAGGCAGUAAUAUUUAUAGGAAAACACUAUUAUACAGGUUAUCAGUCAUUAAUUUGAGGAUAUUGGCUACAUUUAUAGGUAAAAUAUUAUAUACACAUAUUGAUCACAGAUAUAACAAAUUUAUAUUGUCUUUUCUUAUGCAGUGAUAAUGAUAUAUUAAAUAAAAAGGUAAAAUAAAGUAAAAUUUCUCAAAUACUGUUAAAAUAUUUAAGGUUUUACAAUAAUGUUUGAGUGACGAACACAACCUUGUCUUCUAAAAACAAAUUUUCUCUUUGUAAAUGAUGAAUUACAUGUGAAAUAAUACAUAUAGUAAGCACAAUACGGAUUGUGUCGCCAACCAAUAAUAUUGUUCCACAUAACAUUUAAUUGUGUUAGCAAAUAUUGUUAAGAAAUAAAUAAUCUUAACAAAU